AUGGCCGAGUCGACCACCAACCAAGCUCCCUUGGGCCCUGGAGCUGCCUCAACUCUGGACACCACCAACAAGUUCCAGGCCGCCAUCUCAGCAUGGAGGAAUAUUGACAUGACCACCCUGGUCUCCGGCCUCGAUAACACGGCGUCCGAGAUCGUGACAUACCAACGAGAUUCGACUGUGCAGAGGAAGGACUUGGCUCAGAAGACCAAAGACUUCAGGAAAUCAGACGAUGCUACCAAAUUGUCCGAGAUAAAGGGGCUGUUGAAAGCAUACCAGACAUUCAUCGACCUGUUGACGAACCAUUCCAAGUCGAUCAACUCCGCGUUCCUCCACGCCUACACAUCUCUGUCUGAUGCACCGGAUCCAUACCCAUUACUCGAAGCAGCUGUCGACUCCAUGCUUGUCUCCGAGGAGACUCUACCGAAAGUUACGGAAGAGAACGAGCGGUUGCAGGGCUCAGUGGCCUCGCUCACAUCGCAGCUGGAAGAGACAGAGUCCAAAUUGCAGUCGGAAAGAGAGGCUCGAAAACAGCUCGAGGAAAAUCUUGAAAGCAAGGUGAAGGAGAUUGAAUCGUCUUGGAUCGCAGUACUGGACGAGAAGAAAGACAACUGGGCGGCAAAGGAGAAGACCCUGGAGGACAAGGUUGAGAAUCAGGACCGCCUGCUCAAUGAGCUCAAAGCAAGCUACGAGGUCAAUCAGCGGCUAGGCAAGUCUGAAGAUGACGAGGACGAGCCGAGGGGCCAUGUCACGAGCGCCGAGCUCGAGAUGGUCCAUUCGGAUUUGGAACGAACGAGCAUGAGACUGGCGGAAGUCGAGGCGCGCAACGAACAAAUGCGGCUUGAGCUUGCGCAGGCCAAGUCACAGGUAUCGAGCCAACAAGCCACGUCUCUGGAAGACGACCCAGGGUACAUGCGUGUGAGAUCUGAGAACUCAUCCCUGAUACGAAAAUUGGAUUCUUCAAGGGUAGAGAAGGAAUCUUUGAAGCGAGACCUGGAUGCGAAGUUGCGCACGCUGGAAAGAGAGGUGGCCUCGCUGAAGGAGGACCGGGACGCGUUGAAGGCAAAGGUUCAGAAAUGGGGCGACUACGACGAUAUCAAGCAGGAGCUCGAAGUGCUAAAGAGCAUCGAAUUUUCGACAGGCGAUGAUGAUGAGACCAAGGAUCUUAUAGACGACCACAACGGGGACGUCGCGAAAGGCAAGGGAGAUACACUAGAACAGCUCCUAUUGGCACGGAACAAGAAGCUGAGUGAGGAGUUGACGAUUCUACGGGUGUCUCACCAGGACCUCCAGAGCAGAUUAUCAGACUUGUCGGAAGACAUGUCCCGAACCAACGCGGAGCUUGAGAAGUCUCAACAACUGAACGAGAAGCUUGAGAACGAUCUCGCCAACAUCCAGUCGGAGCACGCUAAUGCGUUCCCAUCAGGAGCCUCGGUGGCGGGCACAUAUGUGAGCAGAUACGCGCCGUCAAUGGCCCCCGGACGUAGGAGUGGAGGGGGCCGUACAUCACCUACAUCCUCUAUAAUCAGCGGUUUCAACCCACGGGACUCGGGCGGCGAACCCGUAGGCGGAGGGUCAGGAAUUCUUCCUAUGAUCACGGCGCAGAGGGACCGCUUCAAGAAGCGCAACGCGCAGCUGGAGCAAGAGCUCUCCGAAACCCACCGUCAUGUCUCCCAGCUUCGGCAGGAGGUUGCCGCGCUUCAGAAGGACAACCUUAACCUCUACGAGAAGACCCGCUACGUGUCGUCCUACAACCGUAGCAACAGCACCGCUGCGGUGACCUCGUCCUCGUCGUAUGCCGACAAUCCCAACCCGUCAACCGUGACCAUCGGAGGCAACGGCGGUGGCUCUGGUGGGAUGGACCGGUAUCGUGCAGCCUACGAGUCGAACAUCAGCCCGUUCGCCGCGUUCCGUGGGAGGGAGUCCGCGCGGGCGUACAAGCGCAUGAGCUUCCCGGAGAGGGUGGUGUACACGGUCACGAGGAUGGUGCUGGCGUCCAGGACAAGCAGGAACCUGUUCGCGGCGUACUGUGUUGCGCUGCACCUGUUGGUCUUCUUUUCGCUGUACUGGCUCGGCGCGACGGACGCAGACCAGCAUGCCACCAACUUUGGGCAGACGGCUGCAGCUGCCGUGGUCGCGGCUGGUGGUAGUGGUAGUGGUGGUGGGAGUGGUUCUGGGGCUGGUGGAACAGGACAUGGGAAUUGGAAGGAGGGUGCUUUUGAUGCGACCAAAGCGUGGGAGCAGGAGGUUCCGGCGCCAAAGGAGUUUAUCAUGUGUCCUGCCACUCAAAAUUCACGACCUGGACAGUUAGGGGGUGGUCUCAUACAAGAGUGUGUACUCCAUUUGUUCGGCAGUAUGGUGUUGUACUACCAACAGGAGCACAUGAGGAAGGCGGCCGGAUGCCGGGUCCUCGGCAAAGCCGACCUUUGUGACUCACACUCUGAAAAUUUCUGCUUCUCAACCCCCAUACUUAAAUUUACAACGCAAAGGAAUUACAACAGCUACAUAGCUCAGGGGAAGAGCGCCGGGCUCAUAACCCGGAGGUCGCUGGAUCGAAACCAGUUGUAG